UGUCAUUUGUGUUAUUUCGCAGAGCGUCCUUAUCCUGAAACGCGUAAUUAUUUCCCGAGUUUUUCGAAUUUCAUUCCGGUUUUGAUGGUUUAUAGCUGAUAUAAUAAGCACGUAAAACAGUAACAAUGGCCCAGCGCAACGGAGGCAUUAUUGUCGAUGAAGUUUUGCCGAACGACGACAACCUGGGGGCCCGCUCCGGAAUCUGGAAGUCUUUCCUAGAUAAACUGAUAGGCCGAACAAAAAGACGGCAGUUAGGCUCCCAACGUCCGGCAACGGAACUAACAGUAUUCCAAACUGCCCGCCAUUGUCGCACCGUCAUAGAACAGCAACUGCAACGUUGCAUACACAGACUGCUGGCCACCGUGAGCGGUUGGUUCGUUUUACGAGCUCGAAAGCGAUCUUUCCAAGACACAAUGACCACCUCCCUUCCUUCAAAGGCGGUGCCCUCGAUCGCUGUCGAAGAGCCACCUAGUAAAAAAUACGCUUCAACGAUAGAUCGAGAGGAAUUUACUUUCGACGAUUUAAAAAAUCACAUCAGUGACAACGAAGAGGAUGAUGGCAGUCCUGCCGAAGAUGUUGAAUCUGAAAGCGGUACUGAGUCUGAUCAAGAAAAUCGGGAUGAUAUCGAUCGACAGUUGGCGGUAGUAGUACAAAACAGAAAACGAACCUGGCAACAAACGGGUCUCCAGAAAAUGAUGGAAAGCAUCGAAGAUCAGUCAGGCUUCAAUGAGUUAAGCCAUGAAAAAGUAGAAAAUUGGUUGUUUAAUAGAACGACUGGAGCGGUCGCUUACGGCAUAACGAAAGGGCAGGAGACCAAAAUAUCUGAAACAAAUGAAACGGGCGAUAGCAUGAAAUAUCAUCGGAAACAAAAACUAACGGUAUCAAGUAAGGAAGACGAAGAUUCGCUCUGUUCGGUCGACGAGAAAAAGUAUAUUUUGUCUAAUACUAAAAAUAAAAACAUAAGGAAGGUUAAAGUAGUGACAACGAUAAAGCAAUACACAAUUGCGACAAAUCAACGUCCUGGUUUGAAGAGGCUGCAUUCUAUCAAUAAUUUCCCGGUAAUAGCAGAAGAACCAGCGUCACCAGUUCCUCGACCGAUGAUUAAAUCUGAUUCAGUGUUUGAAACUGGAGCAGUUUCUCUACCCAUCCAAAUGAUUCCAGCUGAUAACCUUGGCGAAAAGCGCAAUCAGUUGAAACCACUUGCAAACAAUAUCGAAAAACCUAGCAACGCGCGCAGGAAAGUUUUCAAAAAAACCCAGAAAAAGGGAAACUCAACCUGUAAAAAGGGUAUCAAUACCAAUGCCAUAGAUGAGUUUGAAAAAGCCCUCGAAACAGACCGUGUUCGAGUAAAGAAAGUCACAUUAUCCAAAGCAAAACAUAAAACAGGGUUGUGGAAGGAAGAAUCAAUGCGCGCAUCGAGUAGCAGUGAAGAUGAUUUGCCUGAAGUUUUUCCGGAAUCUAAUGUCCCCCCAGCUGGUAGUCCAACUAAAAAGGAAACCAGGAGAGUUUUGCGGCGAGGUAAGAAAAAAGGUGUCAAUCGUAUCGGGGACAGUUCAGAUGCUUCAUCAAUACACUGUUCAGACGUUUCCUCCAAACUCUGUUCAGAUGUUUCCUCAAAGCACAGUCCAGAAAAGAAAAGUUCUAUCAAAUCAUCAGAAUUAUCCGCAUUGUCUGAAGGCGUCUUAGCAGGAACCAGACCAACAUGUAAUGUCCUGAUAAGCCCUUUCAAGGCCAUAAGUCUUCGAAGUCCUCGAAAACCGUUGCCACAGAAAGCCAGUCAGCCAGUUGUAAACGAUUCACAAGUCAUCAAUCAACCUACGGAAUCAUGCAGCUCGCAAAUCGACCAAACUACGAACAUGUCCUCACUGUUUUCAGCUAAUAAUGACCGAAUCGUAAACUCAACUCAGUUCAACAAUACAUCUGCACUUUCUACCAGCAAAUUAAUUCCCAGGGGUUUGUAUACCCGAACGACCAGCUUACCGGAUCACUCCCGUUGCGUCACGGUUUACGAACCGGAGCAAAUCGUACCAAGCCUGCCCAGAACUGCUCGAACUCAUAUUACCCUGAAAGAUUUGAACCUUUCCCGGGUAACCAAAAAGCGUCAUCUGGACCGGUUCCAAACCUUCUCUUUCACCAUCCAUCCCAAUUCGUCCGUGCGAUUCUACCCUUCGGAUUCGGACGAAGACGACCGAUCAGUUGCGAGCUUCAAAUCUGGACCGAGUACCAAACCACCCAGCUCGAACGACGAGAGUUUCGACGAUGACGACCCGAUUAUGACGUACAAACACCGCUACGCACCACCAGUUGAUCUGCUCAAGGUGCUAGAGAUACCCUUUAAGCGAAAGUAAACACACAAACUCGACAAAAAGGUGAUUCGAUUCCUUAUUGUAUGGCGGUGCCAUUUGAACUAAUUCCAUACUGUUUGAGAUAUUCUUAUCAAGCAAAAAUUUCUAACCGUUAGGAAAGGUUACAAAUUGUCCUAGGGUUGCGUAUCGAAUAGAGACUUUUUCCUUGGUGGGCCUGACUUCAUUUUACCGAAUUACUUUUGUGUUCUCCAAAUGCUCUGAAUUGUCUGGUUGUUUCGUUCUUACUUUUCUCUAGUGUUUCUAGCAAGAGACUCACAAAAAAAACAGAGAAAUUAUUCUGAUUCCACUGUUUAUCUUGUAUCACUAGCUCGUACGGUUUGCAUUUUCAAGCGACCACUGAUACCGUUGCUUUUUCAUAAAAGUGAAGAAAUAAUUGCCAAACUUAAAACACAACAGUAACACAACGACGGGUUGUUUUAUACUAGGACUCUUUAACGGGAUUUGAUUAUCGAUUCGUGAGGAACAUCUCUGGGUUGGAAAAACGUGCCAAGUAGGUUUCACAGCUUACGACACCAUAUUGUAAAGUGUAAUAAAUAAUAUUAUUUUUACAA